CUCUGGGUUUUCAAGAUUUUCAUUGCUAUAGGCUCUCGACCAGCUCAUUCAUUCAUUCUAUCUCUCGCAGAUCUGUAUUUGUUUUCGUGUGAGGUCGUACGUUUGCUACUAUUCCCUACUCUUAAUGUAGCCAUACCCAGCGGACAUGUAUAUCGUCUUGGCAUUUUCUCGGCAGACAGAAUGGUGCUUGCAACUACUCAAGUUUGUUUCUUUAUGCUUUUCUUGAUCAUAUCACUACAACUCAUAUUCGGGACAGACACAAAUGUUUUGAAUGUAGGCAAAGAAUUACAAAAGGAAACUAUUCCGUUACAAAAUGGUUCGCGUUUUUACAAACUCCAAGGACUUAAACCAAGUACAUGGUAUGAAGUCAAGAUAUCGUAUCCUGCUUCUAUACCUGCUAGUUUUUAUUUACAACUGAAGAAAGAAGAUGAUUUAAACGUAGUGAUGAAUCACCGGAGGAAAUUACUGAAUACUGAAAAGUUGAUUUUCAAGAACGAUGAUGCAGACUUGUCUAAUGAACUAAAGAAUGGAACAUAUGUCUUGUUGACGGUGGAGCCAGAAGGAGUGGUGGCGAUACCUAAUGGAAAGGAAAGGGAAAUGGUCAUUUAUAACAUAGUUUGUGAUGAACUGGUACUAGGUAUCCCGCACAAAGCCUGGUGGGUUGUGAUUCUGGCAGUUCUUUGCUUAGUUCUGGCAUUUGUGAUCCCUUCUUUUCUACCAUCCUUUCUUAUGAGUACUGAUCAAACACGAGGAUCAACUUCCAAGAAUUCUUGACUUGAGAUCCUGUUUGGUGUAGAGACGUUUUCUGAUCAAAGUUUUAAGAUUACUUGAUAUAGUUGGUUAGGAAGCAAAUCAUUAGGUCUUGUAAUGUCAUUUCUUUAGGCGAUGCUGAUGUGUCCAAGUGUUUGUUUUCAUACAACCAACGAAAUUUCAGUUUGUAUCUAAAUUUGGUAUUUAUGUAACGCUUCAUGCCGGCUCUGUAGGAGCCAAGUCAGUGAAAGUACUUCGAGAUCGAAGUAACUUCUAGCAA